AUGAGUGUGGUUCGUUGGUCUACCGUGGCAAUAUUCACAAGUUCCCUCUUUCUCAACUUAGAGAUGUACGAAAUCUCUGAAUAUACGUAUGUGCCCACAUGGUUGGUGGUAUUAACAGCAGCAUUAUUGUAUAAUUUCUCUCUACAACACAUAGAAUCUUCUCGGAGGACGGUCGAACCCGUAAAGCUGAAAAAUUACGCGAAACAAUUGAUCGAUGGCGCUUUCAUCCUUUUAUGCCUCGGAAUAGAUUACUAUGAUUUUGAGGGAUGGUUGGUGUGGGCUUGGGCUUUCGGUGCUUACUUACAUAUGGUGGCCGUGUUUGGUUGUUUGGGCUAUUCCAGAAGCUUCGGAUUCAAAGACAUCUUGUUGGCUCAACUUAUUUGUCUUUGGGCGUUUUUGAGUCGAGGAUAUUCGUUGCAUGGUAAGUUAAUGCUUUUGGGAGUGUCUCUUGCUUUGCAAGUGAUGAACAACUUCAGGCGAGACGAGUUUGAGAGAGAGGAAUUGGAAGAGAAGCGUUUCUUGUGUUAUAAUUAG